GUCGGUUGCGUGCAAUGCGUUAUUCCAAUCGAGACGUUGCGCGCGCCAGUCACUCGCCAGUUGGUUGUGCUCCGUCCUCAUCGAAGGCAGCUGGACCGUGUGACACAAAUAAAAGAAACAAAAGUGUGCUUUAAGCUUGAUUAUGGUUUGGACCAUCGGUGACAGUCGGUGAGCGCCAGUCGCUUUAGUCCGGCCGUGUAUUAAGAUGUGCAUCUUGCUCGGUUAGCUUCUGUUAUUUAAUCGUUAAGAGCAAUAGUGUCCAUAUGACUAGUGCCUCCAAUUGUGAGCAAUAAAACCUUUUACCAGGUGUAAAUGGUUUAGUGUCGUAGUGGAUAGUGAUUUUUCCAGUGAAGUCAAUAUUAUAAGCAUUACAGUGUUAGCCGUUUUGAAAGUGUUGCAUUUGAUGAGUGUGUUAUUUUAUAACGUGCUAUGUGUAUCAGCUGAUAAUGGACAACCCCAGGCAUUGUACUCCCUGGUAGUGAGUGAUAGGGGUUUGCUUUGAUUGCCCCUGUAUUUGAAGUGAUGUUUAUCAUUAGUCACCAGUGAUAAGAAACAGUGGUGGCUUUUUUUUUUGCUACGAUACGAAGAAGAGCAAAAUCGACAACGUACAUCCGUAGUGGCGCUAGUACAGGUUGUUUUUAAAUAACCUUCGAAUUUUUCUAAGUUUUUUGUUGUUCCUCCUGAGUUCGGAUUGUGAGCUGAUUUAUUUCAUGGUACCCAUGAUAACGACGUACCAAGACGGGAAAGCAACUUACGAUAAGGCGCAGAAGCGUUUGUGACCGUGGAGCAGCAACGACCGACAGCAGCGGCGGCAGCAGCAGCAGCAGUAUCGAGCACGAUCUUGCAGUGAGGCACAGUUUCCAGAAGCACACUGUUGCUCCCUCCUGAGCCGGACACCUACCCCUUGGCGGAGGUCCCACUGUGCAGCGCAGUAGUGUUAGUGCGACCAUGGCCAGUCCUUCGUAUUGGCGCAUUCUGACCCGCAGGAAAGUGCUCUCCUUCGAUGGGAGCUCGGAAAAGCUGGGCCGGAUACUGAAUACCUUUGACCUCACGGCGCUCGGUGUGGGCGCCACGCUCGGUGUCGGUGUGUACGUGCUCGCUGGCCAUGUCUCGAAGGAUCAAGCUGGUCCGUCGGUCGUGCUGUCGUUUUUGAUAGCUGCGGCGGCGUCCUUUCUGGCUGGGCUGUGCUACGCUGAGUUCGGAGCACGCGUCCCAAAGUCAGGAUCGGCGUACAUCUACAGUUACGUGUGCAUCGGUGAGUUUAUGGCGUUCAUCAUCGGCUGGAACCUGAUGCUGGAGUACAUCAUCGGAUCGGCGAGUGUGUCACGGGGCCUGAGUCUGUACAUCGACACGCUGGCAAACGAUACAAUGAAGACGCGCUUCCUCGAGGUGGCGCCAAUCGAGUGGGACUUUAUGUCUAGCUACUUUGACUUUUUCGCCUUCACUGUCGCGAUCUUGCUUGGCAUCGCACUGGCAUUUGGCCUCAAAAAGUCUACCAUGGUCAACAAUGCCUUUACCGUGCUUAAUCUCUUUAUCGUGCUGUUCGUCAUCAUAGCGGGCGCCAUUAAGGCUGAUCCGGAAAACUGGCGCAUAAAGCCGGAAAACGUGUCCAGCCUGUACAAUGCGGGCGAGGGAGGCUUUUUCCCGUUCGGGUUCGAGGGAACGCUCCGCGGCGCUGCUACCUGUUUCUUUGGCUUCGUCGGGUUCGACUGCAUUGCGACGACGGGCGAAGAAGUGCGCAAUCCGCGUAAGGCAAUCCCGCGAGCGAUCCUGUGCUCGUUAACGAUCAUCUUCCUCGCCUACUUCGGUGUCUCCACGGUGCUGACGCUCGUUUGGCCGUACUACAAACAGGACGUUAACGCUCCGCUGCCGCACGUUUUCAACGAAAUCGGUUGGCACUUUGCCAAAUGGAUUGUGGCCAUCGGGGGUAUCAUCGGGCUGGUGGCAAGCUUGUUCGGGGCCAUGUUUCCCCAGCCGCGCAUCAUCUACGCCAUGGCACAGGACGGGCUGAUCUUCCGGGUGCUGGGUGAGGUUAGUCCACGGUUUAAGACGCCCGUUUUUGGGACGCUCUGUGCAGCCAUGCUUACCGGUACGCUGGGCGGCCUGUUCGAUCUGAAAGCGUUGGUCAACAUGCUGUCGAUCGGAACGCUAAUGGCGUACACGGUCGUAGCGAUCUCGAUACUCAUUCUAAGAUUUUCCGAAAACCCCGAUCCAGCUAUUCCCUCUACCAGCACCCGAGACCCGUACGAGUCAUCGAACCUACUGAAGGCACGUGAACGUGUUACGGGUUCCGCUUUCUUCAAGCAGCUGUUCAAUCUGUCCUGCAUUCGUUUACCGACGAACGUGUCCAGCAGUGUGGUCGGAGUGCUGGUGACAAUCUACUGUCUACUGGCGAUUGCACUUUCGCUCACGAUCUUUUACGCAAAAGACGCUAUCUUCUACGAUAUGGAACUGUGGGCCUGGAUACUGUUCGGAGUACUGCUCGGUCUGACGCUGCUUGUGCUGCUGCUCAUCUCGAUACAGCCACGGGAAAGGGCGGAUGCACCGUUUCGAGUGCCGCUAGUGCCGCUGCUACCGGGAAUCAGUAUUUUUGUGAACAUUUAUCUGAUGCUGAUGCUGGACGUCUACACCUGGAUACGCUUUGGCAUAUGGAUGGGAAUUGGACUAGUUAUCUACUUUACCUGCGUUUGCUGUAACAAGCGGGCAGCGAAAAAUCCCGAUGUGCGUGUACCACAUUCCCCUCCCGUAGAGACCACUUCCGAAAUGGGCUACCGAAGGAAUGAUGAUGGUGAGGAUGAUGAUCAUACGGCAGAUCUAGAAAAUGGAUCCGUAACAGUGACCGGCUCGGACCUUAAUGUUCGCGAGCACACAAACUAUCCACAGCAGAAUGGGUACUAUUCACAGAAUCUAAGCACAGCCAUAUCGGUCGAAACAGCCGAAAAGGAAGCACGAAUGAUGGAACUGAAACCGACGCACCCCACAAAGGAGAUGAUCAUUGCUCAGACCGUUGUAGCUGCUGCAGGUACUGUAUCCGUGGCCGAGCCGGAAGAGGAGCAGCGUCAAAUGAAACAACCGAGAUCGAACACGUCAACACCAAAGAGUAGCUUCGAUGAGAUUAUACCACUGUCCGAGGAAACGGUUCGUGGGUUUAAGGAAAAGGUUGAACCUAAUGGGAAGGUUUACUUUGUGACACAGGAAGAAGAAAGUGGUGAACGUCGAGACGAACAUAAAGUAGUGCCACUAAGUAGUGGGGAAUCCAUCGAACCUGUCUCGAUAACGGACGAGAAGGAAACUUCCCGAGCGAUCGCAUUUUUAGAUCACAUACUAGACGAUGAAGACACGCUACCUUCCGUUGAGGAAGGUCUCAGCUCGGGAAACUACAUCCCCAGAACACCGAACGGUGAUGAUGAGUCGUUGGCUAGUCCCGUUUUUCGUGAGCAAUCGGUCAUUGCCGAUAUUCACCGGGCGGACGAUAGUAUCGUGGAAGUGCAACAGGAAAUGCCUGAAGCCGAUGCUGAAGAACCUACCUCUACCUCAGUCAACGAUCACCAGCCAGAGGAACAGAAAGAAGUGCAAGAUAUCAAAGACGAUCCGGAUAAAGAAACGCAACCUCCUACGAUAGUAAUAGCUAGUGAAGAUGCUUCCACCGAUGUUGGAAGCGAUAAGCAGAAGCUAAAGCCUCGUGUCAUGUAUAUCGCGGGAAUGGGAGAAGACGGAGCACCGGCACCGAAGGAGCUGACCGAAGAAGAGCAAGACUACAUCAACUUCCGAGCGGCAGAGAAGGAACGGUUUAUGAACCGGUUAAGCACGCUGCUCAUUAAUCCAGUUAAAGCACCUCUAAAGCGUCUACAGCAGCCGGAUGAGACGCGGCUGGAAGAGGAGCAAGAUUAUUCCGCCCGACAAGAGGCCACGGUAUCCGUGCCACCGACCGUACCGGGCAUUAGCCGUUCCACCAGUGAACCGAGCUUCGUGCUGUUGCGAAACAAGCUAAGUCACUCUAACUCCCCGCAGGAAAGCGAAACGGACGAACCGGAAGUCGACCGGGCACGGUCCGAGUACAGCAGCGUGGUAAUACCUCCCGCACCCAAGUUUGACGAAACGCUGUUCAACACUAUCCGUGCCGGGUCGGUUAUACCGGACACACCGAAGAGUCCCAUCCCGGCCGCUCCCAUCUUCGAUCCGGUGCUGUUCAACACGCUCGGCAAAGGAAAAUCCCAACGAGCAUCGAUUCUCCCAACGGAAGCAACACCAUCAACACCGCUCCCGACAUCGGCUGCAACUCCCACCGAGGGACAAUAUUAUGAAGUGGAGUUGAAAAAGCUGAAACCCGUACCCAGCUCCACGACCGUACUGGCCACCACUCUCAAACCACGCGAUGAACCUACCAGCCCCGAACCGACUACACCAUCCUCCUCUAAUCCACGCGAUGCUUUCAAAUCGCGGCUGGAGAAGAUUCUACUGCGUGGACCGCUGGACGCAACGGGUCGUCCGAAAACGUUGCAACCGAGCAUGAUGGCAGCGGUCAGUGAAGAUAACCUUCAGCGACCAAUUGGCGAACAGCAACCACCGGCAUCCAGCACGGAUUCGGGGCUCAGUAUGGGUUCAUCCAGCAAUUCGCUAGCUCCCGCCACACCGCGGGAUGCAGCAAAACCACGAGACGAAAGCUUCCGUGACCGGGCGCGCGGGUUCGAUACGGCGAAAAAGAAACAGAAGCUCCUGUUCGAUGACGUGCUCAAGUCGAUCAAUCCCGAGACGCGUCCAAGCAGCAUACGCAACUCGGUCGAGCAUCGGGUGUCGUUCCGCAACUUCAAGGACGGUCUCAGAAAAACGGUACCACCGAAACAGUUUCUGCCCGACGCGUAGCGAACGAAGGGUACACACCGGCACUGACUGUAGAUUUGACGCUAGUCCCACCAUUAUUUUAUCUCCCUUUAUUAAUCUGCCCGCCUGCCUGCUUACUGAUGGUAUGCUGUUAACAUAUGUACCCGUAUCGUCUAACACCUUCUACCCUCUGCUCUGAUCCGUAGUCGAGCCAACAUGACACCAUGCAACACCCAGGCAUGCAAAUCAUUGUAACUCGUAACCCAUCCGCGACCUGCAUGCAUAACUGUAUGAUGCUCCUUCAAUACAAUUGUUAACUUACCUUGUUUGUUUUUCGAUGGUAGGAUUGUCGCUGUACGCGUUCUAUGGUUUCAAGAACAGCUAUAGAGAAGUGUACGCCAGCCAGUUCGGGUGGACCAAGCUGAAGUACGUCCACUAGCGGCGCUUGGAAUGCUGUCAUUCGAUUUCGUUUUUUUUUUCAACGAUUUGCUGAUACAACCAACCAUAAAUAGCCUAGAUACAGGAAGCGUGAUAUUUAAGCAGCAUAGUUCCCAUACCACCAUUCCACCAACGUACCAACAUGGCCAUCGAUCAGGAUCAGCGGAAUAGAUUUAUGUUUAUGACUAAACUUGAUUGUAAUGUUCGAGCUCUGCUGGUAAGCGAAACGAGGUACAAGAUUUCGACGAUCGGUUUGCCAUGUUUGGUAGGCAGCAUAGCAUUAGAUUUUGUAUUCGUUUUGCCAUAACACACCGUUUUAAAAAGUGUGCACAAGACACGAGUUAUACAACCGAAGGCAAACCGCAGGGUUUGCGAAGCCCACGUAGGCUUCUGUAAUGGCUGGAUGUAGGAGAGAAAAUUCGGUUGAUUUUUUUUUCAAAACUUGAUUUUAAUUUAUUUACUGUGUGUUAGCAGGCACACGGUUUACUCUAGUGUGAAAAAGGACCAGUUUAGUGUGACCACGACGCGUUAAUUGAUUAGUAGAUACGUUUAGAUAGUGCUCAAUUCUACAUAGGAUAGGAUGAGUGUAGGACUUAGUACGAGCCUGUAGUACGUGGUCAGUACUUCGAACGAAAUCGGAUCGCUUCACUCGAUGGUACACUUCGAGACGCUAUACGAAGUAACCUGAACGAGUGAAUAGUGUAUACGAAAAUAAACGAACCACCUUGAUCAUAUGCGAUCGAGCAAUGUAUAAGCACCGCACGGGAGCUAAUGUUUUCUCUAGUGUACAUAUUCCCAUCGUGUUCUAGGUAAGUUUAUAAGCUUUCUACAUAUUAUUGUUGCGUUACAUUGCAACAGUUUCGGGGGGUGUUACGGUGUACAUUUUUCUUUUGUUGGCGCAACAACCGUCGUCGGCCAAUACCUACCUAAAAGUAUAUCGUAUGAUCAAUUAAAUGUUUUGCAACGGUUUUUUAUUCAUGUUUUAAUUACGUUUCACGGAUUCUUUUCAUUAAAAUAUGGCGUUUUAAAAUUUGGAGGACAGAAAAGAACCACAACAAUAUUCAAAGUGAAACGUUAUUAUAGAAAACAGUGUAAAUAGUCUGGGCUUAGAAUAUAUGAUUAAAAAUCAUCAGUAGUAACAAAUAACAAAAAAAAAACAAUAUUUCACACUAAUUUUUACUCGACCACUAAAUGGACCUCAUUAUGGAUAUUUUGAAUAACAAUAUAAAAUAAUGAAUAAAAUGAAGAGAUGUAUGGAAUCUUUAUAACAUUAUUCUUCACCACAAAGCAUGUCCUGUUGAUAAAGCUCUCACUAUGCAAAUCUUAAGAAACAUAGCGAUACUGCAACUGCGUUGUGAUUUGAUUUAGUAGAUUAUAGCUCUAUAGACAUACCAAGAUCAGAUGUGAUAUCAAGAAAAAAAAAACCCCUGCAGCCAUAUUUCAUAAGUUAACCCAGUUCUGUUGUCAUCAUUAGCAUUGUUGCUGAGGCAAUUUUAUGUAGGCGAAGAGAAGAUCAAACUAAUAAUACAGAGCCUCAGAUUAUCUUGUGCUGUAUUGUGGAAGAUCUUCGUAGGGGAUCCGUGCAAGUAUACGAUCAUUCGAUUAAAGUCUCUCAAAAUUUCACUCAUAGUGGACCAAAUACUGUACCGUAAAAUACGUUUCGUAUUGCCCUCUUAUAUAUCUUACUCUCUCGAAAUACUUCGAUGGAUAGUUUAGCAAUAAACGCAAGCUCAAAUUGAUGGAUGAUGUGAACAAAUCGCCAUAUCUCAGACAAACAGAGUUGUUGCGAACAAAUAUGAAUUCAGUGUUAGACGGCGAUCGCUAAUCGAUCACUUAAUCGUAGCGUUGGAAUCGCUUUCUAUCAUAAAUCCAAAACUAACUAAUUUUACGCCCACUUUGAUUGGUUGGUUUUCGUUUGUUUGUUUUUAUUUUUUUGUUCCUUUUUAUUGGUUUGUAAUCACAUUUAUUAGUAUAUUUCCUACUAACAUUGUAACACCUGAAUCAAAUAAUCAAAACACCUUUAAGCUGUCGACUUUUUGUUUAUUCCUUUUUCCGUUACCACCAUUACUAGUGCAGUGUCUUGUCCGAUGUUUCUCUUCACUGGUUUUGUUCGUGUGAUCUCGUUUCAUUUCACAUUCGUUUCCAAAUGCCCAUCCUUCAUCAACUUGGUACUAUCCUUAUGCAUUUGCUUUCCAUGUUUGCAGCUCUUGCAACCAUUACCUGCAGUUGAGUCUGCUCAUUCGGGUUUCCCAGUUCGUGUGCCGUUCGCUUUAAUCUCGUUUGCUCUUGUUUUGAUUAAUUUCAGCUUUUAUUUCCUUUACACUCCAUGUUGUUUCGAUACACAUCUACACUCAGCUUUUGUUUGCAAUUGCCUAUGAUGGUUCAUUUGCUAUGAGAUGGCCGGCUAGAAUUUUGUUUUUAGUUUCCACGUGCACUUUUCUAAACGUUUCGGUUUCAUUUUCUUCAAACACGCACACAACAACACAACUAUUAGCUCACAAGUGGUUUGAUGUAUGUUGUGAAAGAAAUGAAAGUGUAAUUCAUUAAGUUAUUAAGGUGACGCUGUUUUUGGUGAUACAGAACAUUUACAUUAAAAAUAAAUUCAUUACCAGAAGCGUUGUAGAGAAAUUACUUCACGUGCAUUAUUGCACAGUAUUUUAAAAUAGAUUAUUUUGCGAACAAAAUCGACAAUUAAAUAGAACACUAAUUUUUUAAGAAAAAAAAAACAGGAUCUGUUCAAAUCUACCUAAACCGUUCUGAAUUUGACCACCAUCGUUAAAGUUAAUAAACAGUACAAUACUAGCCAUCGAUCAUCUAUGCUCCUAUGAUCAUAUCCCCUGAUCUUAUGCACUGUGGUAUAGCUUUUUCGCUGAUUUGUCUAUCAAAGAAUGGUUCUGAAUUAUUAAUAGCAUGUCAGCUAAAUGCAGAAAACGGAAAGGAAAAAUCGGUUUUUCAUCUUCAUCUAAAAAUAUACUUUCUGUUCAUUUCUUUAAAUUGUUUUGUAUGGUUUAGCUUUGUUGUUUGUUACUUUAUUUGUUUGUGUUGUCUUUCAAUUGUUAUUACUGUUCUGCUAUUUUGGGCAAACCCCUCUGGGACGAUUGUUACCUAGUAAUUUAUCUUCUUUUCACCACGAUUUAUAUUAAUUGUCCUCUGUCAUGCUGUGGCUUUAUUAUACGCUUUACUUAGUUAUGUUGCAUGUCACAGUUUUGAUGUGUCUGUUCGUAGCACUAUUAUUUCUUUUAAGUAUAUAUAACGUUCUCUUUCUUUCCUUCUUUCUUUAUCUCGUACACUCUUCGCUUUUGUUUCAUGUCUGUGUUUCAUUUGCAUACAUGUAACUUCUAUUGCCUUUUUCAUGAUUGAGAAUGUCUCCGUGUUUCUCAUUCGGAAAGCUGUGUACUUUUACGUGUUGUUAAAAUGUUGUUAUCAGUAAAAAAUGAGAUAAAAGAACACUACAAAAUAUUUCAAAAGAAAGGUGAAAAAUAAGAACUGGAAUACAUUUAUAUAGUGCAAAUUAAAUCCAUCCAAGGCGUUCAUUUGGCAACCAAAUCGUAUUAUCUAAAUGGAUGCGCAAAACAAUGUGUGCAUGUCUCUGUUGGAAACUCAAUUUUCUCGUGUUGCUAAUUUCUUUUGUUAUCUUUUCUCAAAAAUUGCACAUCCUCUUCCAUAGAUAUAUUGUUUCAUACAUUUUCACUGCUACAGUUUGCGGGACAAAAUCUGGCUACAUAUAAGUUUUUUUAUCUUUACUUUUCUCUUGUCUUAUUCUCGUUUGGUUAUACUUUUUUUUCAUCUACUCCUUUUUAGCUUCUUGACUUAAACUUUCGCUUGCUUUAUUUCUUAACAUACUUGCCACUUUCUGCUUGCUUUCGCGUUGUGAAUACAUCUAUCCGUUUUGUAUGUUGUACGGGACAGUUUUUCUUCUACACUUUCCUGGUUAGUUCUACUUUCAAUAGUUUCUUCUACCUUUUCAUUUGUUGCGCCACCGUUUUUGGGCUAUCCGUUACUGCCCAUUGUUUGAUGUUUUGCCACAACGUUUGGUCGUUCUAGGUUUACGUAUCGUAUAAACUACAGCAUGUCCCCUCAUUGAAUUUCCCAAGAUAUUGUUUGUGUGUGUGUGUGUUUUUUUUUUCGCCACGACGAUAUGCCGAUUGGCCGAAUGGAUCGAUUUGGGGCAAGCCAUGCACAGUGUGAUCGAGGUUGCUUUAUUCUAAACGGUAACACACUCGAUAGCCUCGAUAUACGCGUUUUAUUUGCGGAAGGAGAUUUGAUCUCCGAAUGUCUUCAGCAUCAGCUUACAAGUUGUUUGUUCACUAUUUCUAUAUCGCCUCCAACGUCUCACAUUUAUGGUCUAGAGAGUUUGUGCUUGUUGCACAAGGAUUGAUCACGUUUGUUUUUGUAGUGUUUCGCUGUUUCAUUGUUCUCACUGCGUCUAUGACCAUGCUUUCCUAAUAAUAUAUCCACUUUUUCUUCCUUUAAUUAAAGCUACUGUAUGUAGGAUGCGGAGUUUCUGGGAAACUCUCUCGCUGUUACACAACGGGACGAAAUCGGAACAAAAGGAUACGGUACUGAUCAGAUAUUAGCUGAUAUUCCAGUGUUUGGAAACCCGCAUGCUUGAAGUUGGUGUACAUUUCCAUUGCCUUCGUUUUUAGGCGAAAAUUAAAGGUGCACUUUCUUCUGCAGGAGUGCAUGAUCACAUUUUGAAGUCCGUUUGAAACGGAAUGUUGUUUCUGGAAGUGAAAGAAAAAUACAAGCAUACAAGCAUUCUCAGUACACGCCGCCUGUAGUUCAUCCUUCGAUUGGAUCGAUAUCAUCAAAUUCUUUAACAUAGUGGUACAGUUAAUGGGGGAGCACUAAGAAACGAAAUCAGGAAAAUAUCCACAAACACACACACGCGGACACUGAGCUCCACCGGAAACUUGUACAUGAGUGUCAGGUCAUGUGCUUGAUGUUUGUUUGUUUGUUUGUUUGUUUGUAAUUUAAUCAUCUUUUCAUCUUUCUUUUUUUCUUUUUUACAACUUUAUGCACAUCGAACGUGCCUGUGAGCCCCCAUCAGCUUUGCCGGAUCCUCGAGAUGCAUACACUUUUAAAUGUGAUCGCUUAAAAAUCGCACUAUGCGAUAAGUGGUAGUAGUUGUCGUAUAAAUUCGAGAAAAAACGGUUCUAUUUUAUCGUGGCGGCUUGGUAGAUAUUUCGUGCGGCUCAUUUUCCUAUCUUAUUUAUCUUCAAUGCAGCUGCAGUGUUUCGGUUCGGAAAAAUGAACUAUUGCUCUUAACCAUUAAUUGUAUUCGAGAGUGUGUUCUUUGGGAACGUGUGUGGUGUGUGUGUGUGUGUUUUCGUUCAUACCAUUGUGUAAUAGUGUGCUUAAAGGCUCGCUUAAAAAUCCAACCGAAGGUAUGUUUUUUUCCAACAUUGUGAAGGUUUGCGUAUUUCACUUAUCAGCAUAAUCUGCUCUUUUCGAUUGACCAUAUUUUUCGUUUUGCGCAUUAAAUGCCUCGAAUAAUUACCCUAUGGUAGUUUCUCUUAAUGUAAUUAUAUAAUGUUGUUCUCUUUUUUUUGCUCUUUAAUUUCUUUUUCUUCCUUAGUUUCUAUUCAUUUCUUUGUUUUUCAUCUAUAAUGCCAGUUCUUCUCAUUGUUUUUGUCUUAUAUUUUCCCUUAGUUUUCUUCUUUUCUUCUUUCUGUAGCUGGCAAGUUUUUGAAUGCGCGGACGAAUUAUUCUCCAUCCCUUACAUACAUACAGUGUUUCGCUGCUUGCCUUACAGAUUUUGCUCACACCCUAUGUCUUAAGCUGAUUUCUAUGUAUUCUCUUCUAGUUUAUUCGCUAUAAUAGACUUGAAAGGAAACAACAGAAUAUAAAAUUUCACAAUAUUUCAUAAUAGAUAGAAGUCGGUAGAGUUUAAGACUUCCUUAAUUGUAGCAAUUUGGUUUUAGAUCCAUCUUUCUUAUUUUGUUUGCAUAUUUCGACUCUGAGAUGCGUUGCAAUGUUAUUGCAUUAUAAUCUUAUUGCAAUGUUUUGUUGGUAGUUGUUCACCUUGGUUCGCUUUUAUUUAUACAUAUCGACUUCAAAGGUUCUGAUCGCUGUUGUAAUAGGUCUUGGUUGUGUCAUUUAUUGGCAGGACGACUCAAACAUAACAUUUUCUCAAUGUAACUGCAACUGGUGCCAAUUAGUUUGUUAAAACCGAAUGAAAAAGUAGGCAACCGAACGCAUGUGUUGUUGAAUGUUGCCAGUAGGUACAGUGUAGAAUGUUUGAACUUUAGGCUGGGUAGUGAAACGUAAUUGAAACAACUAAAAACGCAUAAUAACACUUACAUUAAUGAUAGUUUGUACUUAGAUCUCCAUUUUCCGUACACACAAGUACAUGCAACUGUAAAACUUGUUUUACAACAUCGCUUUUGCGCGAGGUUUUCCAAGAACACACAACGAAUGCUUGGCUGCCAUUUAUAAGGCUAAGCAUGGUAUGCGAAUUGUUCAACAAAGGUGAAUGGCUCAGUAAAACACAGUACAGUAGAAAUUAUGCAAAACAUUACUUCUUUCGUUUAACACUCUGUAUUAGAUUUGCAAAAACUGCUUUCAAUUGGUAGAACCUUUUUAUAGAGGUAUUUAUAAAAACGAGAUAAUGAAGAGAGUAAACAUAAAACACAAUUUAACAAAAGCAAAAAAUACUUUCAGUUUUAAAUCUAUUUUCUAUGCCUUGUUGUACACAGUUUUUUUACAGCAGUUUAGAUUCGUCUUAAACGUCACUUUUUAUCUAUUGUUUCAAUUGUGACAAAAAAGGGGGUUUUCUUUCAUAGUUUCUCUUCUGUGUUUCUUUGUAUCGUCGUUUCAACUGCACUAUUGAUCUUUUGCUUUACGAAACAUUUAACAGUAAUAUAUAUUGACUUCGUUAUAAUUUGCAUUUUCUGUCUAAGUUUUUCUUUAACCAUCGUUUUCUUAGCAAACCACCAAUAAGUAAGAAAACCUCUUUUCAUUAAUAAUCGAACUUAAAUGACAUUUGUAUAACACGUUAACAAGAGUGAAUGUUAAAAUGCUUCUUAAAUUAUCUUUUCAUUAGCAGAUUACACCAAGGCUGAAAUCAUUGCGGUACUUGCAAAUUAAAAAUAGAGCCUGUUGUAAAUGAAAAAUAAGAAAUCUUCAAUGUUACAAAACAACUAAAAGUUGCACUGUUAAGGUUAAAAGAGUCCUAUACGAUACUAAUAGCCGUACAAAUGGUACCUUCCAAUUUCAUUUCCAUUUACUGCAAUUACUUUUUUACUGUGGUAUCUUGUUGUGUUUUAAUUUCGAGCGUAUAUGUAUUCAAUAAUGGAAAAAAAAACAAAUACAACGUAAACUAGCAGUACACAACAAUUUAUUUUAACUUUUUAGAACAGUUUUCUUUCCACUUGCUGUCAACGUAUCCAUAUAUAUUCAGAUUUUAUCUGAGUUUUCUGUUUAGUCUCUCCCCUGUUAAUGUUCGGGGUAUUUUAUCCGUAGUGGCUUUCUCAGUGUUUUUUUUUUUCUUAUUCGGUUCAUUCGAUCCUUUUGCAUUGCGAAUGGCGGAUUGUAUUGUUUCGCAGAUUUGUUAACGCCCCUUCAAUUGUGAUUAUAACCUUUCUCUUUCCUCAGUGUCGUUUGUGUGUUUGUGUAGCUCAGCUUGUGUGAAUUUAAAAUGGUUUACCCUUUUACUCUAAUUAUCGGUUAUGCACGAUAAGUUUUUUUUUACAGAGAAACUCCCUCAACAUUUUCUACUAAAGACUGUAGCUGAGACGUUCUUGGCUUGGUUAGCUUAAAGGACAGAAUCCAAAUCCAGCCCACACAGGUAGAAAAAGAAAGCUUUCACAAACGAUGAGACGAUGACGAUAUACAGCCACUAUCCAUUCAUUCGCGCUUAAAAGAGCGUUUGCUGUUUAAUAUGUCUGGUCUGGUCUAGUUUUUCGCUGCCCCACGUGUAAAUAACACGAGACAUAAGUAAAUUAAAAAAAAAAACUAAAUAAA